GAGCGAAGUUGAUGCCCGGCGGCGGGGCGAGCGCGGCGUCUGGCCGUCUUCUCUCCGCCGCGGAGCAAAGGGGGGCCAGGGAAGCGGCCGGGUCGGCGUCGAGGAGCGGCCCGGGAGGUCCCGGAGGCCCGGGCGGCAGAGGAGGAGCAGGCGGCCCCGGGCCGGGGAGCGGAGGCCCGGGCGGCCCCGCAGGCAGGAUGAGCCUGACACCGAAGGAGCUCUCGAGCUUGCUGAGCAUCAUCUCGGAGGAGGCGGGCGGCGGCAGCACGUUCGAGGGCCUGUCCACCGCCUUCCACCACUACUUCAGCAAGGCCGACCACUUCCGCCUGGGCUCGGUGCUCGUGAUGCUGCUGCAGCAGCCCGACCUGCUGCCCAGCGCGGCGCAGCGCCUCACCGCGCUCUACCUGCUCUGGGAGAUGUACCGCACCGAGCCGCUCGCCGCCAACCCCUUCGCCGCCAGCUUCGUCGCGCACCUGCUCAACCCCGCGCCGCCUGCCCGCGGCGGCCAGGAGCCCGACCGGCCCCCGCUCUCAGGAUUUUUACCCCCUAUAACGCCACCAGAAAAGUUUUUCCUUUCCCAGCUAAUGCUGGCACCCCCAAGAGAACUCUUCAAAAAGACGCCUCGCCAGAUUGCACUCAUGGACGUUGGGAACAUGGGCCAGUCUGUGGACAUUAGUGGGCUCCAGUUAGCCUUGGCCGAACGUCAGUCUGAACUGCCAACCCAAAGUAAAGCCAGCUUCCCCAGCAUUCUCAGUGACCCAGACCCCGAUUCCUCCAAUUCUGGAUUUGAUAGCUCUGUUGCUUCUCAGAUCACAGAAGCUCUAGUCAGUGGACCAAAGCCACCUAUUGAAAGCCAUUUUCGGCCAGAGUUUAUUCGUCCACCACCUCCACUCCACAUCUGUGAGGACGAAUUGGCAUGGCUAAAUCCCACGGAGCCUGAUCACACGAUCCAAUGGGAUAAAUCAAUGUGCGUUAAGAACAGCACAGGUGUGGAGAUCAAGCGAAUAAUGGCCAAAGCCUUUAAAAGCCCCUUAUCUUCUCCCCAGCAAACACAGCUCCUUGGAGAGUUGGAGAAAGAUCCCAAACUUGUCUACCAUAUUGGCCUCACUCCAGCCAAGCUUCCUGACCUGGUGGAAAACAACCCUCUAGUGGCCAUAGAGAUGUUGCUGAAGUUAAUGCAGUCAAGUCAGAUCACGGAGUAUUUCUCUGUCCUGGUCAACAUGGACAUGUCCUUACAUUCGAUGGAAGUUGUGAAUCGACUAACAACAGCUGUUGAUCUACCUCCUGAAUUUAUUCACCUUUAUAUCUCAAACUGUAUCUCUACUUGUGAACAAAUUAAGGAUAAAUAUAUGCAGAAUCGCUUGGUACGUCUUGUGUGUGUCUUUCUCCAAUCCUUGAUACGUAACAAAAUUAUUAACGUACAGGACUUGUUUAUAGAAGUGCAGGCUUUCUGUAUUGAAUUCAGUAGGAUACGAGAAGCUGCUGGCCUUUUCCGGUUAUUGAAGACAUUGGAUACUGGGGAGACACCUUCUGAGACCAAAAUGUCCAAAUAACACAUCAGAGCUACCCAUUGUCAGCUGUACUGUGAUUUAAUUCUUCAAACUGUUAAAAUCCUGAGUGGAUUGCUUGGUCUAAUGCAUAUAAACAAUAUUUUGUAUCUACUUAAAGCAGUUUUGCUUUCUUGGAUGACCUUUUCCUUUAGCUGAAUUUGGGUAAGAACUUGAAAAAAAUUUGUCUUCCUGGUGAGAAACGGUUACCCCGAAAAGUGACCGCAAAAAAUAAGACGAGGUUUCUCAGCACUGCAGAACACAGUGCCUGGUUUUGCUAAAGGAUGAACUACUAGAACUUCUGAAAAGUUGGGAAUCUAGUUUUCU